AUACCAGUAGGAAAAGGCGUUUCCAUCCACGAUCCGGCAAGACUGUGUAGUUUAUCCUACUAACAACCUGACGGACGGAUCAAACUUGCCUGGACCAAAAAACAACAACGCAUUUAUCCACACUAGCUAAUAUAAUUUCAACAUAAGAAUUGCUUUUGUAAUCGCUUUUAUAAAUUUAGGCUAUACAAUAAAAUCCAUUACAAGACAGCGGUCUACAGCUAACAACAUCCUAAACCAACUACAUUCUGGAUAGAGGAGCUGACUGAGGAAGAGUACUUUGCAGCAAGAUUGUACGCGUGUACAUCAAAUAUAAAUCACAUUUUAAUAAAGUUUUGUGAUAGAAGUGAACACUUUCUCUUACGCACAAACACAGAUCAUCUCUCUCGCUUCGCUGACUCAUAGACUCCACAGAAACCAGGACCAUGUCGGAGUACAGCUCUUUGCUCAGUGACCUGUCUGAAAACAUCACCAAUGAGGACUUGGACCAGCUGAAGUCUGCCUGCAAGGAGGACAUCACAGAGGACCAGAGCAACACCAUCACCUCCUCCAAUGAGUGGUUCAACUACCUGGAGGAGAACCAAAAGCUGGCACAGGAUAACCUGUCGUACAUUGAGCACAUCUUUGAGAUCUCACGGCGACCAGACCUGCUGACCCGUGUCAUCGAGUACCGCACCACGGUUCUCAAGAUCUCUGAAGACGAUGAGAUCGACACCAAGCUCACACGCAUCCCCUCCGCCAAGAAGUACAAAGAUAUCAUUCGCCAACCCUCUGAAGAUGAGAUCAUCAAGCUGGCUCCUCCCCCUAAAAAAGUGUGAGGUCUACACCUCUGACCUUUGCACUUUGACCCCUGGCACUCCAACCAUCUCGACCCCCCCCCCCUCCUCCCGCCUCCCCCCAG